UCGCUUCCUCUUCUUGACACCCGCGAACCUCAAGAAACCUAAAACCCUCCAUUCGCACCGCCUCUCCCUCUUCUUCCUCUGGCUCGUGCGACGCGGGGCAAUCUCAAUUGGGUCGGCGUCUUUCCCCCUCGCGCGUUCGCUGCCGCUCCUCCGCGGAGUUUCUGUUGAUGGGUUGAAGAGAGGGGCGCCAGCGAAUCGGAAAAGCUCGGAGCUUUGGGAGGGAUACAUGGAGUGGGACAGCAGCAGCAAUUCGGAUUUGAGCGGGGAUGAGGAGGAGUCCGGGUUCAUGCUCAACGACGGCGGCCCGAUUCCGUUCCCCGUCGAGAACUUGAUACAGAUUGCCUCGCCCUGCGGGUUCGUCGUCACCGACGCCCUUGAGCCCGACCACCCCAUCAUUUACGUGAACGCCGUCUUCGAGAUGGUCACCGGGUAUCGCGCUGAGGAGGUCCUCGGUCGCAACUGUCGGUUCUUGCAGUGUAGAGGCCCAUUUGCCAAGAGAAGGCAUCCUUUGGUGGACUCAGCUGUAGUCGCAGAAAUAAGGCGAUGUCUAGAUGAAGGGAUUGAGUUCCAAGGGGAGCUUUUGAACUUCCGGAAAGACGGAUCUCCAUUGCUGAAUAGAUUGCGGCUAACUCCUAUUUAUGGAGAUGACGAGGCAAUUACUCAUGUUAUUGGGAUACAAUUCUUCACUGAAGCCAACAUUGACCUUGGUCCAAUAUCUGGGAAGGAUUCCGCAAAAUCAACUGAACGGUUUCGUACUGGUCUAUACUCUCUCCCUAUGUUGUCAACGGGGGAUCGAAAUGUUGCACGUGGGUCGUGUGGGAUAUUGCAAUUGAGUGAUGAGGUAAUUUCACUUAAGAUACUUUCAAGAUUGACACCAAGAGAUAUUGCAGCGGUUGGCUCUGUCUCUAGACGAUUCUACGCUCUCACAAAGAAUGAAGACCUAUGGAGAAUGGUCUGCCAGAAUACAUGGGGAAGUGAAACUACCCGUCUCUUGGAAACUGUGCCUGGUGCAAAGAGACUAGGUUGGGGUCGGCUUGCAAGGGAGCUGACCACCCUCGAAGCUGCAGCUUGGAGGAAGCUUACUGUUGGAGGUGCUGUUGAACCCUCGCGAUGCAACUUCAGCGCUUGUGCGGUUGGCAAUCGAGUUGUCCUCUUCGGAGGUGAAGGGGUUAACAUGCAACCAAUGAAUGAUACUUUUGUAUUGGAUCUGAACUCUAGCAAUCCAGAGUGGCGACAUGUCCAAGUCAGCUCUCCUCCGCCAGGUCGUUGGGGUCAUACACUUUCCUGCAUUAAUGGGUCCCACUUGGUUGUAUUUGGAGGCUGUGGAAGGCAAGGCUUACUUAAUGAUGUUUUCCUGCUGGAUUUGGAUGCAAACCCCCCAACAUGGCGGGAGAUAUCUGGAUUGGCUCCUCCUCUUCCGAGAUCAUGGCACAGUUCUUGCACCCUUGAUGGCAGCAAAUUGAUAGUCUCCGGUGGUUGUGCGGAUUCUGGCGUCCUUCUGAGUGAUACUUUUCUGCUCGAUCUCUCGAUGGAGAAACCGGUCUGGAGAGAGAUACCGGCUGCAUGGACACCACCGUCCCGGUUAGGGCACACUUUGACGGUUUAUGGUGGGAGAAAGAUACUGAUGUUUGGUGGCUUGGCGAAAAGUGGGCCCCUUCGAUUUCGUUCUAGUGAUGUCUUCACAAUGGAUCUGAGUGAGGAGGAACCUUGUUGGAGAUGUGUAACAGGAAGCGGAAUGCCUGGAGCUGGAAAUCCGGGUGGCGUACCUCCUCAUCCAAGACUUGACCAUGUGGCUGUGAGCCUUCCCGGUGGGAGGAUUCUCAUCUUCGGCGGAUCUGUUGCUGGUCUUCACUCUGCCUCACAACUCUUUUUGCUGGAUCCCACCGAUGAAAAGCCCACAUGGAGGAUACUAAAUGUUCCUGGGAGACCUCCGAGAUUUGCUUGGGGUCACAGUACUUGUGUUGUUGGAGGGACGAGAGCCAUUGUUCUAGGGGGUCAAACUGGGGAGGAGUGGAUGCUCACUGAGCUCCAUGAGCUAUCGUUGGCAAGUACCCUUAUCUGAUUGACACGCGCAUUAAAUCAUGGCAACUUCUGCUGCAAUGCAAGAUCCUGGAUCAGUAUGACGUACUCUUGAUCCAAAGUGGUGUUUCUGUGACUGUAUUUCUGAGAAAGUUGUCGCUCUGGUCAGGACUGCAUGUUAGGUUAUCGGCCCUGUUUUUUCCUGUGUGACGUAGUUCUGGCUUGAGUCAAGGUUUUCAGCCAGUGACUUGGAACAGUAUCAGAUUUUUGGGAGGCCGGUAGAAGAAUCUCCCCCUUGGCAUGAAUAGUGGAUUAAUUUUUGUUGGUAGAUCAGUAGUACGUGGCCAUAGUUUUAAUUCACCUUCUGUAAUUUGAACUAAAGUAAAAAAAAAAAGAGGAAAAAUGCAUGCAUGUUUAUAUUGAAUAAGAUACUCUCCAGUCAAGUGUGGUGGGUUAUUGUGUCUUGCUUUGAUAUUUACUUCUGCUUUGAAUAGGUGUGUUUAACUUUGGUAGAGAGAGAUUACCUUUCUCCUGGCUUUUGAGCUGGGAAUGACCCAAUGUUGAAUGUAUAAUCCCUGUUAAUUUUGGUUGCUAAUGAAGUAUUAUAUCAACAUUUAUAUGUUUUUUAAGGUA